AUGAAUGUUCGACUAAGAGUCGAGUCUAAGGCAGUAGCAGACACUUCAAUGAAUGAUCCCGGGGUAGCCCGACUGCCGAACAGCUAACUGUUUAUUUUAGGCUUACGUCAGACGGCGUGACCCGCCACCCCCAUGAGGUCAGCUAGUCGACUCGUCCAAGCAAUCGCUUUCACACGUGCUGAUUGCAGUCGGUGAGGUUUGGAGGGAGAAGGGGUGUUGCAGAGAGCAAGGGAUAUACCUAUAUGCGGAAACGUCAAGGCGUUUGCAUGUGCGCGUUUCCUUCAAACCCGGCAAAAUGCUUCUAAGGGCGAUAUUUUGGAGUGUGGUGUGGUUGGGGUUAGUACCGUUGUCUCUCGGUCAAGGCGACAACCUUUACUCAGUUGACGGUCAGUGGAGUGCGUGGGCAUCCUGGUCAGAAUGUACACACGAUUGCUUGCGCCACAGACGAAGAAAAUGUGAUAACCCAACCCCAGGCAAUGGUGGUGCAUAUUGCAAAGAAAACGGUUUAGAGAGUGAAAUAUGUACAGGAGACGAAUGUCGAGGAGAUGCUGAGGCGUCUUCAGAGAUCGACCUUCUUGGUGCAAUAGGAGUACCAUCAGAUGGAAGGCCAGGAAUUGGCUACGAUACAGGAAUCGAUGGAUACCCAACAUUUACUCUUAGUAAAGAAGCAUUUAUACGCCAACCGUCGCAGAUAUAUUUCCGAAAACCCUUGUAUAGGGAUUUUGCUGUAAUAAUGACAUUGAAACCCUACACACAAAGUGGUGGUUUCAUAUUUGCAGUGGUGAAUACCUACCAAACAGUUAUUCAGUUUGGAGUCAGUAUAACAGACUCACCUCGGGAGCCCACAAAGCAAGUCAUUACUUUAUACUACACACCAGAUGCCAAGUUUGCAGAGAUAUCUAGUGUGAUUGCUUCCUUCACUGUGGAUUCCACGGUAAAUAAGUGGACAAAAAUUGCCCUGCGCGUUGAAGAGGAUACAAUAACACUCUAUCUUAAUUGCAAAGAAUCUGAAAAGGUUUUCUAUAAUCGAAAAAGUGGAGAAUUGGAUUUUGAACCAGGAUCAAGUGUUUUCAUAGCCCAAGCUGGACCAAACUUCAAGUCAAAGUUUGAGGGAGCCUUACAAGAUGUUAAAAUAUAUGGAAACCCAGCAGAGGCUGAAGAUGACGAAUGCAAUUUUGAUUUUAGUGGCUCUGGAUCAGGCUCUGAUGAGACAAAGGGCGACAUUGACAUCGAAACUGGAACACCUAGCCCAAUACCCUCCCGACCUGAUGAGACUAAGCCAGGUGAUAAGGGCCAGAAGGGUGAGCCCGGCAAUCCUGGAGUGAAGGGAGAAGCAGGGCCCCCAGGGCCUCCACCCAUGAUAACACCACCCCCACCAGACUUGAAAGGACUCACUGGUGUUAGAGGUGACAAGGGUGAUCGUGGCACUCCUGGACAGGUUGGGGAGCCUGGAUUUCCUGGGCAGAAAGGACAGAAGGGAGAUCAAGGCAUUGGUGAGCCAGGACUACCUGGUGCAAGGGGUGAAGCUGGCCCAAGAGGAGAAAAGGGAGACCUGGGAUCUCGGGGCCCGCCCGGUGUUGCCAUGCAGGGCCCACCAGGCCCACCUGGACCCCCUGGCAUCCCCGGGUCCAUUGACGUCAUCCCAGAACUGGAGCGUGGAGACAAAGGUGACCUGGGCCAGAAAGGACAAAAAGGAGAGUCAGGCAAUGGUGAACCCGGAACACCUGGUACCCCUGGACUGAGGGGCCCUAUGGGGCCCAGUGGCCAGAGUGUGACAGGAGAUAGAGGCCUUCCUGGGCUGCCUGGACCCCCGGGUCCACCCGGACAUCCUGGACUUGGAGGGGUCAACAUGAUCGAUGUUGAUGGCACUGGAUCUGGAGACAUUGACGGCUUGCCGGGUCCACCUGGUCCCCCAGGACCUGUUGGACCCAUGGGCCCCAGGGGUCUGCAGGGAUUACAGGGCUUAAUGGGACUUCAGGGCGUGCCAGGCGUGCCAGGAUUACCAGGUAAACCAGGAGCAUUUGGCGCAGGCAAUGCCACAGGAAUCCCUGGACAACCCGGUCGACCAGGACGAGAUGGAGUCCCAGGGGCUAUCGGAACACCAGGCAUGCCUGGUAUUCCCGGACAGCCAGGUGAGCCAGGACCGGCUGGUCGCCUAGGACCCAAAGGAGACCGAGGUCUGGAGGGUAUUCCUGGUGAGGAAGGUCUGCCAGGCCCCAAGGGAGAGUCUGGAAAUGAUGGCAGCAGAGGGUUACAAGGCACUCAAGGUUACCGGGGACUGAUGGGUCCCCCAGGACCUCCAGGACCCCCUGGGAUUCCUGGCAGAGGAGGCUUCUUCGGAAGUGGCGAGACCUCGGGAGAUGGUGAGUUGGGCGAGCCAGGUAUCCAAGGACCCCGAGGGUUACCAGGUCCACGAGGGACUGAUGGCCUGCCAGGUCAAAUAGGACCAGAAGGACCCAAGGGAGAAAGAGGAUACCAAGGUGUUUCUGGACCCAAGGGAGAACGAGGCUUCCAAGGAGAUGAUGGCCUACCGGGACCUCGCGGAGAGGUCGGAACACCUGGUAGUCCUGGAGUUGAAGGUUCUGCAGGAGAGCCUGGACAGCCCGGUCAACCUGGCAUUAACGGCAGAGAUGGAAUUCCUGGAGGGGGUGACCCUGGCCCUGUUGGACCUACAGGACCUCCUGGACCCCCUGGACCUCCCGGACUACCUGGAAGAUCAACCGCUGUUGGCUCCGGAGGAUCCGGAUCAGAUGGUGACAUUGUUAUACAGAGGGGAGAGGCAGGUAUACCAGGCCGAGAUGGUUUCCCCGGUCGCCCUGGUCCUGUUGGUCCAGCUGGCAUUUCUGGUGAACGAGGAGAAUCUGGUCUGAAUGGUCUUCCUGGUCAGAAGGGAGAUCUGGGACCUGUUGGACCCCCCGGGCCUCCUGGUCAACCCACCCGUCUACCCCCUGGAAAUAUCUUUGGGUCAGGAUCUGGAGCUGAAGGCGGAGUCAGGGUUGAGGCUGGCCCUCCAGGUCCAUCCGGACCACCUGGACCCAGUGGACCGAUGGGACCCCGUGGAAUUAAAGGACCAAUGGGAGAAAUGGGCAUGCCAGGAUUCCCGGGUCGACUUGGACUCCGAGGCCGGAAGGGUGAGCGUGGUUUCAGCAUCAAGGGAGCUAAGGGUGAAUCUGGUAUUGGCCUUCCUGGGGGUAGUGGAGUCUUCAUUCCUGGACCGAAGGGCAACAGGGGUGACCCAGGAGUCCCCGGUAAUGAUGGUAUCCCUGGUCAAGAUGGACGAUCAGGACCCCCGGGACCACCAGGGUUGUCCUCCUCCGUGGUUUCAGGAAGUGGAGAUGGAACCACAGUCAUCAGCCAACCAGGCCCUGUAGGCCCUGUAGGCCCACAAGGCAUGAAGGGUCCAAGAGGACCAGCGGGUGCAGAGGGAGCAAGAGGCAGACAAGGUCCAGUUGGACCAGUAGGACCCCAGGGACCACCUGGCCUUGGCUUGCCCGGACCUCGAGGCUCUAGUGGACCCCCUGGGCCACCCGGAGACUUUGCAAUCAAUGGGCGUGGUCCCCCUGGCCCUCCAGGUCCCCCUGGUCCCGCUGGAGAGGCUGUUCUUGGAGGAGGCACAGUUUCAGGGGCUGCCAUCACAUACCGCAGUAUGGAUGCCUUGUUGUCCGUUUCCUACAACUUACCAGAGGGAACAUUGGCGUAUGUCAUGGAUCAAGAAUUGUUAUACCUCAGGGUUAAAAAUGGACUGAAAAUUGUCAUGACGAAAGAUGUUGAUAUAGAAAUCCCGGUUCCCCCUGCCCGACAAACAGAUUCCCCGAUCACAAGUACCAAUUUAUCUGAUAAGGAUUCAGAAAUGUUGGUCACACAGAGUAAAUCCACUGUCGCUACGGCGGCAGAAACAUCGACCCUGGGACAAACCAUUCCUUUACCAAGUCCGACACCUCCAGUGCGCCUCCCUCCCAGCGUAUCUGGCAAUAGACUUACUAAUAAUAAUGUUAGAGGGCCUGCCAAUAAUGGCCGUAAUCAAAACAAUGGCCGAAAACAAAAUGGCCGAGUCAAUACUACUGUAAGCUAUAGGGACCGUGUAGCCGAAGAAAGGAGGAGAAUGGUUGAAGAACGAGAAAGAGAAAUUGAAAAAAGGCGAUUACAAAGAGAAAAAAUACUGGCAGAAAGGGCAAAAAGGCGACAAGAAAUGGAAAAUAGAUGGCGACAUAAUAAUAGACGUGUCCCUGGCAAUAGGGGACGAACUCAAAACAAUAGACACAAUCAAAAUAUCACAAGGGCUACUACACCCAGGCCAUUGGUUCCAGUCCGACCACCUCCUAACUUCACAUCUGGGCCCAAGCUUCAUCUGAUAGCCUUGAACAACCCAAUGGCUGGCGACAUGCGUGGUAUACGUGGAGCGGACUACGAGUGCCAUCGACAAGCAAGACAAGCUGGAUAUCGAGGCACAUACAGAGCAUUCCUCUCAUCUCAAACACAAAACCUGGAUUCCAUCAUUUACUAUAGACAGGAUAGAUCGAUACCGGUGGUGAAUGCAAAGGGCGAGAUGCUUUUUAAUGACUGGGAAGAUAUGGUGAAUGGUGCUGGCGGAUACCUAAAUGGGGCUUCUAGGAUAUAUUCAUUUAAUGGAAAGGAUAUUAUGACCGAGACGGCCUGGCCACAGAAAAUAGUUUGGCAUGGUUCUGACAGUAAAGGCCAGUUAACCAAUGACAAAUAUUGUCACAAGUGGCUCUCGAACAACCCAAGCAAGAUGGGCGUUGGAAGUUCUUUAAUGAAACACAUGCUGCUGGACACAGAAGAAUAUGCAUGUAACAACUCCUUUAUAGUGUUAUGUAUUGAAAACACCAGUCGCAGGAACUUGCGGAAGUGAUAAAAAGGCCAGCAAGUCAGCUGCAUUGCAGUAUGUUCGCACACUUACGUCACGUGGGAAUGAGAGGCAAGGGAGAUAAUUGGACAAGAGUUAUGUCCCAUUGCUCACCAGGACAAAGAUGCACACUACAUCUGUGAUAUGAUGUGUUACAUUGGUUGGUAAUUUAUUCCAGGAUGGUGUCAAAGAUAGCUGCCUUCUUAUUGGACAGUAGCACUGAGGUUAAAGGUCAAGUUAGGUGUUUCACAUCGCAGUGAACCACAAAUGCGACAAAAGAGAACAGACUUUGUUUUCUACUUCACCCCAAGUGCCCAUAGCUCUCAUCAGAAAACAUGAAUAUUUUCUGUCUGUAUAUAAACUGUAUUGACGGCAUUUGUAGAAGCCACUGUGUAUCUCUUGUGGAAGGCAGAUGCUAUAUGGUAGCCACAUAUUGACAAAUGGUUACAUCUCCAUAUGAAGCAAGCAUAGUCCUCAGAAAUUAAGAACCUUGUUUAAUCUAAUAUUUCAAGUAUAGAAUUUGCAUAAAACAACCUAUCAGCAAUUGCUUCAGUCUGAAGGAUUCUACUUCCUAUUUUACAUGGUCAGUAAUACAAUGCAUGGUGCUCAGUACUUUUUCAAUGCCAAACCACAUCAGCUGUAGGCCAGAUGAUUAUAAACACUUCCUCCCUCUAUGACUUUAUUGUGCAUGAAUGUAUGUGAAUAUCAGUUUUUUUUUAUCACCAUGUGUGUCAAUGGUUUAUCUCAUUGUUUGUACGAUAAACCUUUUGUUUUCAAGUCUUGAAGUUUUUGCAGUAAACACGUAAAAGGUCAUACAUGUAGUAAGGAACCAUUUGGGGAUUUCUGAAAUGACUUGAAAUAUAUCAGAAAAAAUAAUUAAUGUGGAAUGGAUUUCUUUGGUUGAGGAUUUGAGUGAGUACAGGGGUAUGUCAAAUUAGUGGUUGCGAUAUGUACAACAGUGUAUUCCUUUCAACAUAGAGCUUUGUUAACACAUUGUGUCAGGUAAUCUGUGUAAGACUUGUAUGUUUGGUUAGUUGAACUAAUAAAUAAACUGUUAUUAUUAUUAUAUAUAUAUGUAUGUGUAUAUGCCUAGAUCAUGUUGAAAAAUAGAGAUCUCAUGAAGUUCAUGUCGUGACUUUCACUUGAGUGGCCUCCAUUUACAGACAUUUGACCCUGUCCAUGUAGAAUGACCUUGACCAUCAUAUCUUUGAAAAUAAACGCGCAUCUCUUUAAUGUGAUAAUUACCACGCACAUUCAAAUCAAUCUUUUACGCAAGUUCAUAUAAUCAGCUGUCAAGUAUUUAUGCAUUACUGCAGUUGUGUGUUCAUAUAGAAACCUCCCCAAAGCAAACCAGAAUGAAUAUAUGUAUAUGUAGAUACAUAUAUACAUGUAUGUACUCAUCAUUUGUUGUCUUUUUGGAGGAAUUUGAUGUUUCUAUUAAGAUUUUUAACCCUUACAAAAUUGUCAGUGCCAAAGCAGAUCAGUCCUUGUUAAGAAAAUGUAAUCUACAAAAUUUGCUGGAAUUUCAGGAGAGCAAAGGUAUUAUUAGUUCUUUAGUGAAAGUUAGUUAAUGAAAUACUGCAUCAUUUGGUACAGGGUUCAGCAUUUACAGUAUACAAUCUUUUACCAUUAGACUCUAGAAAUAUGCAUGUGUUUUUAGGUCAUUUGGGCCAAAGUUCCAAAUGACCUUAUGUCACGGUGCAUUGUCUGUCGUCCGUCCAUCCAACUUUUACCUUUUUGACAACUUCUCUGAAGCUGAAACUUUUAUCUUACGAGGUCAUAAGAAGUGCUCAUAGAAAUCCAAUUUGAUAUUUAAGAUAUGGCUGCCAUGGUGGCCAAAUGUGUCAGUGUGUUCAUUACUGCCAAAAUGUGAGUCCUCUGAAGUGUGAGACUGUAAACUAAUUUACAUUAUGCAAUUACAUCAACUUUGAACCAUUGAAAUGAUAAACAAGUAUUGAUUAACCCAUCAAUUGUGUUGAUCAAAAGUGCUCACAGUUAAAAUUUGAUUUAAGCAUGAAUGUCACUUUGACACUUUACAAAGUUUAUUUUCUUUCCAUAUUUUGGACACCAAUUUGGUGCAUCGUUAAUUAAUCAUGUAUUUAUGGAUGGAAGUGUUUUAAAACGUUUAUUACAAAUUUAUAGAUGCAAUUUAGAUUUUUUGUAAGUAAACAAAUACCCUGUAUGUGAGCUACAGUGCCUGAAGGCUCUGUUACUAUGCUAGGCUGUUUGUUUCAUGAAGAUAGACUGGAUUCAACACCUUCAUCAUUCAGUUUAUUGGUACAUUAAAGAAGCAUUCUUUAUACUCUUGUAACACUUAUGAAACACGCUGUUUUCGCUACUUGGCAGCAGAUGGGUCAACUUUCCGAACAUUACUACAUAAUACAGCUACCAAGCAGAAGAAAUGGUUGUUUCUUUGUGUGCAGUAUUUUUGUACAUGAUCAUGCCAUAUUGAUGAAGUAAAUGUCACUAAAUCUGAAACCAUCUGAAGAUUUAUCCAACACAACUGAAGAGCAAUCAUCCCACUCUCAAUGCCUUUUGAAUAUUUAAAAAUGUUGUUUUGGUAUUUUAAGAUCACAUCAAUAUGGCAUUUUGAAGGGAUUGUUUCCUUGACAAAGUAAUUGCCAUUACGCACCUCCUCUCUCAUGAAGUUCAUAUAGAUUAUAUUGACUAUGUACAUGUAGAUAUUUUGUACAUAUGUGACAUAACCCUAUAAUUGUUUUAGAGUGCUACACAUAAAUUGUCAUGAGAUGGAAUUGAAGAUGAAUUUUAACCCAUGAAAGUUUAGAUGUGAUUGAUGCUAUGUCUUCAGCAGGAAUGCCAUGGUUUUCUUAACUGUUUUUGUCAACAGGGAAACGAUUAUUGAGCCAGAGAGUACAAAGUGAUAUGUAUUAACAAAACUAUAGUAAGAGGAUUGUCUACAUUGUGCUUGGGUUACCUUGGGUGAGUUUAUGUGUAGUUCAGUCUCCAAAGCUUUUUUUGUAGUAAAGAAUAAAUAUUUGAACAGGUUUGCGAAAUUCAUUGUGUUCGAAAGCAUGGAUUAAAUACAGAUGAGAAUUGUGAAGCGCAGUGUUCAAUAUUGUGUAUAUUUGCAUCAUUAUGAUUGGUCUGUUAAUGAAGGGAGCUUCAAUUUGAUUGGAUGGCGACUUAUACUUAAAAUACAGUCAUCUUACUGUCUGUCAUUUCUCUGAUCAAAAGCUUGUAAAAAUUUGUUUUCACGUUAAUGUCAUUAAAAUCUAUUGCUCUUUUAAAACUGACUUGGUUCUCUACUAUCAAAUCAAAGUUGCUGCAUGCUUCUUAAGGUUGAUCCUACAGUGUGACUGCAAGACCGUUUACAGAUCCACUGACAUGCUACCCAUUUUCAUAUGUACAAGAUGGUACAGAUGCAGUCAGUAUAAAGGACAAACAGUUGAGAGAUGAAACACUUCAAUGUUGUUAUUUCAUAGCUUACCGGUAGGGCAGCAAUACCUGGUGUAAUCACUGGUUUUUAGUGAUUCAUUCAUAUAAUUCUCUCUUCUAUUUUGUGUUUUACGCUCAAUGACGUUUUACAUUUACACUGGAGGAAACAAAAUGUUUGCUGGACGAGUUAAGGACUUGUUUGUUUGGGAUGUUACAAGUAAUAUGUACAAUAUUCAGCUUCAAAUUUACCUCUCUGGCCCAAACAUUCUUUCUAACUAGGCACCAUGAGACACAAUACUGGGCACAUACUAAAACCUUUAGCUGAAACAAGCAUUUUCAGAGUGAAAAACUUCAAUAAUGGUUAUACCAUGUGUGCAUGUAAGGUACAUUAUUCUAUAGUAAAGGGUGUCUAUUAUCUCUGAAGCUAUGGUAUGUUCAUUGAAGGACCAACUGGGGCAGUCAGGUAGCCUAGUGGUUAAAGCGUUCGCUCGUCACGUCGAAGACCUGGGUUCGAAUCCCAACAUGGGUACAAUGCGUGAAGCCCAUUUCUGGUGUCCCCUGCCAAGAUAUUGCCGGAAUACUGCUAAAAGCGGUGUAAAACCAUACUCACUCACUGAAGGACCAACUCAAAAGUAAAAUGUAAGCAUUAAAUUUUGACAAGAACCAUUUUACAUUUAUCCAAUAGAACAAAGAAGGAAAGUUGUUGACAUGACUGUCAUAUCCCCCCAAAGCUUGAAUUUAGUUUACGUCAAGACCAAUAUUGCUCAGCAGAUGAAAAUACAAUGCAUUUAAUGGAACAUGAUCUGAUACCUUGAAGUCUGUUGACAACCAAGCUUUUGAUAAGUAUUUUAGAUGACAAAUCAAUAACUAAUAGACUCAAAUCUAUUGCUUCUACAUGUUUUUCUGAUUUAGAUUUACUUCUAGCAUGAAGCAUGUCCGGUUUUGCUGUGAAUGUUGGUUGUUUCUGUGUUAUCAGAAAGCCCUAAUCUCCACUUGUAUCUUAUUGUACAUACCUAACAGACAUACGUUUAGCUAGGGCUUUUUGUAUAGGGUUCAACUUCGCUGCAUUGUAGCAGAGAUAUUGUCAUCAGAUAGUUAAUGCUUACAACAGAUUUGCAUGUUAAUAAUUUAUAUUGCAUCAGAUGUUUCUGAAGAACAGUUUGUAACUGUAUGUAAUUUUAACAGUUUUUUAUGGGAUAAAGAUUAACUAUCUCUAAAUAUGAAGGUAGGCAAGGUCACUGGCAUAAUCAUUGGAAAAUAGCUGUGAGACGGAUAUGUAUGUUUUUAUCACUAUCUUCAAGAUGGUCUGCUUGGGCUAAAAUCAGUAUCACUGUAAAAAUACCGAAAGCCACAAGCAACUUAUUAGUACUAGAUUGCCAGUGUCUGCAGACACAUGGCAAGUUUCUUUUGUAAUAUUUGUUGAUAAAGAUACCCUUCAAGUGCAACUAAAAUAGUCAAUGUAAUACGAUUUAUUGCUUAGUCGUUUUCAUGGAUCAUUUUCAGAAGAUCAUUAAUCAAACUUGGUAAUCUGAAAUAUUUCAUUUUUGAAUUGAGUCAGUGAUUCUGUUAGUUGUGGCCUAGCUUAUUACUGAAACAUGUGGGUUGUACACUUUUGCAGUAAGAUGAUGAUAGCUUUGGUUUUGCUGCACUGCAAGGUUUAUUUUUUUGUUUGUACAAUAUAAUUCUUUCUGUCUCUAAGAUAUUGAACUUGUUCUUUUAGGACUGAAGCCACUGUGAUUUAAGACUAAUAAAACUAAUUCUCUAAUGAUUUUGUGAAUACGUCAUAUGUAAUAUAAAAGGUAGAUUGUGCCGGCAUCUUUUAAUAUUUGUUUGAGACAUUUAUGAUAACCUAUCCUAUAAGUAAUCACAAAUUGAAUUUUUAAAUACUGUUUGUGCAUGGGAACAAUAUUGUGUUGAACAACAGCAUACAAAAGCCAGAACAAACUUUAUUGUGUAUGGAGUCUGUGUAACACAAUGUAACAAUCGUAUUGAAGCUCACUUGAUUUGGCUAUUCAUAUAUAUAUAUUUAUAUAUACAUGCAUGUUGUUUACUUUACAAUUUUAAGCAUGCCCUAAAAUGACCUAUGGAAUUUUUUCUGUUUCUAUGAACAUUACAGAAGGGAGAUAUUCUGAAUGUUGCAUGUUCUUUCCUUGGUACUGAAUGUGAGGGAUCUAGAAUUCUUGAAUGGAGAAUGGUCAGAGCAGUGAGAUCUAAAGCAACAACAGUUUGUAAGAAAUGGUACAAGCCAUCUGGUUUUAUUUGCAUGAGAUAUGAUCCUUCCUGCAUUAACAUCCAAAGUUCUUUGCAUGAAGUGAUAUGUUUGGUCAUAUGUGAUGAAGUUCUCAUAUGCUUUGGACUGUGAUCAGGGUUUUGUUCCUUAACCCUCUAUAGUUUAACCCAGCAUUGUGUAAAAUCUGCUUGUAUGCAAUAAACCAAAGUUACAUGGUGCUAUUCAUAUAUCUAUCAGUAGAA